CCCAAAAGGUUAGAUUUUCUCAAGGCCACGAAUCCUGACUCGCGGCGUUGUAUCUGCUCUGCUGAGUCGGAGACACCGGCAUGAGCUCUUCAAUAGCAGCGACUUGUGCUCCGUCGUCUCUGUCGGGGAAGUGGGUUUCCCGCCCAAGAUAUCUGCAUCCAUUUAAACGGAAAGUUAGAAUUGAAACGCGAGCCGUGCUGGAGGUGAGAGUAGGACCUCGAGCAGUGCCCGGGCUGAGUAGUGGGAGCGGCAGCAGCAGCGGCAUCGGAAACAAUGAUCCAAUACCUUUACCGGACGGCGACUCUUCUGUCCCUAUACUCAGGGACCGUACCGACGACAUACAAGCCGAAGCGAAGGCCAUGGUCCGUGCCGCCAAUGCUUCCGUUUACAGCCCCCAACUCCUUGCCAACAAAUAUGGCUCUCGCCCCCUCAAGGUAUUGCGGAGGACUCUGGAAAUCUUCAUUGCUCUUGGUACUUUUGCCUUCAAACUGCUGCUGGACCAAAGAAACGGGGAACUCGAUCGGAAUAAAAGAACGAGGGCUGCUGAGUUGAGAAUAGUAUUAACGAGAUUAGGGCCUACUUUUGUCAAAAUAGGUCAGGGUUUGUCCACCAGGCCCGAUAUAUGCCCCCCCGAGUAUCUCGAGGAGCUUUCCGAACUCCAGGAUGCUUUGCCAACAUUUCCAGAUGCAGAGGCAUUUUCCUGCAUUGAGAGAGAUUUGGGAUUUUCUCUUGACUCCAUUUACUCAUCCAUAUCCUCAUCUCCAAUUGCAGCAGCCAGUUUGGGCCAAGUUUACAAAGCUCAAUUGAAGUAUUCUGGGCAGGUUGUCGCUGUGAAGGUGCAACGUCCUGGUAUUGAGGAAGCUAUAGGACUUGACUUUUACCUGUUAAGAGGUCUUGGAUUUCUUGUAAAUAAAUACGUUGACAUAAUCUCCAGUGAUGUUGUUGCCCUUGUGGACGAAUUUGCUCGGAGAGUUUAUCAAGAGCUUAACUAUGUUCAGGAAGGGCAGAAUGCGAGGAGGUUUAAAAAGUUGUAUUCUGACAAAGAGGAUGUCCUAGUCCCUGAUAUCUUCUGGGAUUAUACCAGUGGUAAAGUCUUGACAAUGGAGUGGGUUGAUGGUGUCAAAUUAAAUGAGCAAGAUGCCAUAGAGAAGCAAGGAUUAAAGGUCUUGGAUCUGGUGAAUACUGGAAUACAAUGCAGCCUUAGACAGCUACUUGAGUAUGGUUAUUUUCAUGCAGAUCCUCAUCCUGGUAAUCUUUUGGCCACUCCUGACGGAAAACUUGCUUUUCUUGACUUUGGAAUGAUGAGUGAGACCCCAGAGGAAGCAAGAUCUGCUAUUAUUGGUCAUGUUGUUCAUAUGGUAAAUCGAGAUUAUGAAGCUAUGGCUCAGGAUUAUUAUACAUUAGAUUUUCUGUCACCUGAUGUUGACAUUUCGCCAAUUGUGCCUGCACUUCAGAGCUUCUUUGAUGAUGCACUUAAUGCAACUGUUAGUGAACUCAACUUUAAGACACUAGUGGAUGGACUUGGUGCCGUAUUGUAUCAAUAUCCAUUUAAUGUCCCAGCAUAUUAUGCAUUGAUAUUGAGAUCGCUUACUGUAUUAGAAGGUUUAGCAUUAUAUGCUGACCCUAAUUUUAAGGUGCUAGCUGCAUCAUAUCCCUAUUUUGCCAAAAGGCUUCUUACGGAUCCGAAUCCAUACCUCAGAGAUGCUCUGAUUGAGUUGCUUUUUAAGGAUGGGAGAUUUAGGUGGAAUAGACUGGAAAAUCUACUUGAUCAGGGAAGAAAAGAUAGAGAUUUCUCUGCAAAAGAUGCUUUACAACCUGUUCUGAAGCUAUUAUUGGGUCCGGAUGGUGAAGAGCUCAGGGAUUUAGUGACUAAAGAGGCUGUCCGUGUCACUGAAGCUCUUAUUCUAGGCACAGUGAUAGAUGCAUUCAAUUCCAGCCCUAAUCUUAUGAGGUCUUUAAUUUUUAACAGCAAUGCAACUGGGCCUCUCAAAAUAAGUGGUGCUGAACAGGAAAGUAUGAUGGUACUUCGAGAACAAAUUUUUAGGGUAUGGGGCCUUUUGCGAUCCUCGCAGAAUUUCGAUCCAGCUCUUCUGCAGCCAAUUAUACAGAUCCUCCAAGAACCUCAAGCACGCAAUCUUGGGAGCCGUGUUAUGGGUGGAAUUACACAACGUCUUGCAGCACGCUUGCUGCAACAAGUUCUGCAGACUCAAACAUAAUUUCUGCUUCAAUUUAAUCUUUGCAGUGAACAAACCAGUGUUGCCAUGUGACUCCUCUCCUCUCGCUCUGUUUCUGCCUACCAAAAGCGUGCUAAACUAUUGUUUGGAUCGUGUUGGGCAGGUUAGUACUUGAUGGACUUCGCUUGAAUUAGUAUUUUUUUAACUAUUAUCAUAUGAGAUAUUAUUGCAUUGUGCAGGUUCAAUGCCUGUGGCUGCUUGGUAACUAUCGUCAUUUUAACAUAGUGGUAAUAUUUUGUGCUUGCACUCUGAAAUUCGAAGUGUCCCUUGCAUUUCUUCAUUUUUUUUUUUUUUUUUGACUCAUGUUCCCCAUCUGUUGUAGAUAAUUCAUUUUUUUUUUCCUUUUUCUUUUUUUGACUCUUGUUCCCCAUCUGUUGUAGAUCAUAUAUAUAUAUAUAUAUAUAUAUGCUCAUUUUUCUUUCUUUGAAUACAUCGAUAGUUCACAUUCGGCUUUGACUACGCAAUGAGAGAGAACCCGUCUCUCAUUUUAUGUUCCCUCCCACCGCUCCUAGUUUUCGAGCCAGAGACAUUCAACAUGAAAGUUCCAAGCUUUAAUGGAAUGUCCCAUCAGGGACAUCAUUGAAAAAUAUAAUUAUGUAUAUUAUUCUGAUUUCUAAAUUUUUUAAUGUUCUCUUAUGUUCCAA